AUGUACAAGCUUUUUGGGCCGAAGCCAGUCGAGCUUGUUCCGGGAGACCGAGUUCUACCACUGCAUUUCUUUGAGAGUAACCCGCUUGUCCAGGGUAACAAUAUGGCUGUGUCUUUGGUGUUUGAUGCAGUGCUCAACCCGGAAAUACUACGGCAAUCUCUCGAGGGCCUCGUUAAGCGGGACGGAUGGCAAAUAUUGGGAGGUCGGCUCAGGAAAAAUGAAUCAGGCAGUAUCGAAUGGUAUAUUCCAGGAAAGUUUACAGUUGAGAGGCCGGCAAUCUCUUUCGCACACAUCGAUCACGGCAUACCCACUACUUCACACCCAGCAGCAUCUCAAAUUCCAAACCCCGAAAGCCGCCCUGCCAUCGUGAGCGACCCAGACCAGCUACAAGACCUUGCUUGGGGGCCCGAUUAUCAGCCAGGAGGUAUCCAAGACUACCUUAGCUCAGAUAAGCCGGUGCUUGGACUACGGGUCAACUCUUUCACAGAUAAGACAGUUGUAGUUCUGCAGUGGCAGCAUGUUGCAUUCGAUGCACUUGGCCUAAAGUAUGUCAUUGAAGGAUGGAUUGCUAUGCUCUGGGGCAAGGUAGACGAAAUCUUAACUCCAGUUCAGCACGACAUAGAUCCAUUCAAGUCAUUCGAAACAGGUUCACGUCCUAUAGCAGAAGAACAUGUUCUGAAAGAUAAAAAUGUGGGUCUUGGAGGUAUGAUUAAGUGGGGAUUGGGGUAUGGCUUCGAUAUGUUGGUCCGAGCGAAGGAGAAUCGCAUGGUCUGUGUACCUAAGUCGUACUGGCAGCCUCAGCUUGAGAAAGCCUUGAGUGAGCUUCGAGCCGAGGCUAUCGUCAAUGGAGAAGAUGAAUCGAAGGUGUUCUUGACUGAGAACGAUAUUAUUACUGCGUGGAUAUUGCGUUGUGUGGUUGGUGAGAUGGGAAUGGACCCUAAUAGAACGGUUGCCGCAUCUAUCGCUAUGUCCCUUCGUAAGGCCUUUGAGGGCGAUCUUAUCCCUGCAUCCUCUGAGCAUCCAUAUAUUGGUAACGCCUUUGGCUGGGCUAACGUUCUUACUACUGCGGACAGCGUUAAUUCGAAACCUCUGAGCUGGCUCGCACGAGAGAUUAGACGCGCCAUCAAUACACAAGGCACUCCUGCUCAACACGAGGCCUACUAUGCCACAGUCCGUGCUGGGUACGGCCUCCCCGUUGCUAUCUUUGGUGAUGGUGGCAUGGUCCAGGUCGGCUUCUCCAAUUGGACCAAGGCUGGUCUAUUUAACUUGGACUUCUCCCCAGCUGUUAAAGAUACCAAUGGUGGCAAUGUGCCGUGCAGGCCUUCUUACGUCCAAGAGAACCACGGUCCUAUCAAGCCUGGUGAUGGUUUCUUCGUCUUUGGGAAGGAUCAGAAGGGAAAUUAUUGGGCCUCCGCAUAUAAAGUGAAGGGUCAAUGGGCUAAAUUUGAGGAGCAGAUGAAGAAGGACUUCGAGGUCCAGUCAUGA